UUCCUUAGCUCUUUUCAAUUUGGAUUUCACUGGAAGCGGUCGCAAACCUUAAGUGCCUUCAAGCCUAACUAAUCCGAGUGAUUAAACUUAAACAUUAACUUUAGAAGUGUCUCAGUUGAGAAUUUUUGAGAAACUGGAUAACUUACUUAUUUCCCUACACAACCUAGUGUUCAGGAUGAUAUUGGAGCGCAUUUUGGACAUUUGGUACUACUAUCCGGAUAAUGUAUCUGCGUACUUUCGUAUAGUAAUGGUUUACUUUAUCAUUGGCCCCCCACCACUGCCAGUCGUCGACUUCGUGCCGAAUUACCAUCACCUUCACCAUCCUGAUCACCAUCACCAUUUCAUGCCCGUCGCCGGACCGGAUUUCUUGCCACCGCUGAACUAUGGUGACCUGGAGGACGAUUGGCUCGACUAUGACACGCCCAUCAGCGAUUCCGAGGAUAGCGAUUUCGAGAUUAGCGAUCCCGAGAAUAGCGACACCUUCUACUCCUGGGAGGACGACGAUGAGGAGUUCCUGUAAGGCCAACGACAAGGACAAGGACAUGCUCGACUAUGGAUACCCAAUAUGCGCUGUAAAAUCGUUUAUCUGAAUUAAAAAUUGGGCUAGAUGAAAA